AUGAGCGAACAAGUGAUCUUGUAUGAUCUGGCCAAUCGAAACGGUAUUUCGUGGAGUCCGAAUGUGUUUAAGGGCAGACAUCGAGCCAAAAUUCAAGGCACUGUAAGUAUCCCAAUCCUGUCGAAGACCAUGCACAUGCUGAGGUGGCAAUGCAGCGGCAUCAAACCGAACAAGCCAGGUUCUUUCGCCAAUUACUCUUGUCCGACUUUGCGCUUCAGCGAUAGCAGCUAUGUGAUGGGCUCAGAAGUCCUUGUGGACAGACUCGAGCAGACAUACCCAGAGCCAUCUAUGCACCUUAACUCGAACGUCCACAAACUGGCCGAAGACAUCUGCGAUCGCAUCAUGGCCAAUGCCGCGCCGGACUUCAUGGUACUGGUGGUAGACAACUGGCUGCAGGAGCCGUCAAAGUCAUGGUUCGCCAAAGAUCGGAUACGCCGUCUUGGCAUGACAGUCCAAGAAUGCCGUCAAAAAGCUGGUGGUGAAGUUGCACGACCCAAGAUCGAAGAAGUCAGCGCAGAACUCAGGGACCUCCUCUCGAAGCACAAAACGGACGAAGGUCCAUUUAUCCUAGGUAGCGCUGUCAGCUAUGGUGAUUUCGUGGUGGGAGGGCUGUUCGAAGGACUAAAAAGAAUGGAUCCUGAGCAUUAUCAGACUUUCAUCGACUACGAUCAGAGCUUCAGGAAGCUGCACGAAGCUAUGAAGCCAUGGGUCCAGAGGGACAACUAG